GUGCUCAGAGUGGCCAAGUGUGUCGCGAACUAAACAUCUUCUGCUCAGUUGCUGUAUGGCCGGUCUGACGAACGGUCGCAAGACAGCAACAAUAGCAGAGACGUCGAAACACAACACAAUAUCCACCGAUUAAUGAGCGGAGGGUUGUAACGGCCGCUGAGUUAGGGGCUAAUUGAUCGUGUAUGUAUGUUACAUGCUGCACACAUCGGAAGAAGUGAUAGUGAAAACAAAGUUCAAAAAGUGAAAUAUUUAUGUUUUCCGUUAUAAAAUAGUUGAUAAAUUAUAAAAGACACGAUGGAUUACAACUCGACGAGCACGUUUAGUGGACUAGAGAAUUGGUACAUAUUUUUGGUGGAUGACUUGGCGGACAAACGGACAGAUGAACUUCCAUUGCUGUACAGCCCAAUGUGGCCGAUAUCAAUUCUGCUGCUAUACUUUGGAGCAGUUUAUAUUUGGGUGCCAAACUACAUGAAAAGUCGGAAACCGUACGAGCUGAAGAACUUCAUGAUCGGCUACAACCUUUUCCAAGUGAUAGCGUGUUAUUUGCUAAUUCGGCAUUUUUUCAAGCAUGGCUGGACCAUUGAUUAUCUGUACUCGUGCAAGUUGCCGGAUUAUUCCGACAAUGCCAGUGCAGUGGGCUUCAUGCAUGGGUCCUACUUCAACUAUGUGAUCAAGGGGAUCGAACUCAUCGAAACGGUAAUGUUCGCACUGAGGAAGAAGCAAAACCAGAUCAGUUUGCUGCACGUUUAUCACCAUGCCUGCACCUUCACCAUCGCGUGGAUAUUUGCGAAAUAUGUCGGAGGAAGUAUGUUGACGUACACAAUCAUUGUCAACUCGACGGUGCAUAUGUUUAUGUAUUCCUAUUACCUGGUGGCGAUUUUCUCGAAACAAUUGCCGUUCAAGUUAACAGCCGUUAAGAAAUUCAUCACCGUGUUCCAAAUUGUUCAGCUUUUGAGCAUUUUGGUAAACGUUGGAUUCGCCAUGCGCAGUAGUUGUUCAAUCCCGAUUGUACUGGUGUUUAUCUAUCUGCCCUACAUGGUGGUGUUGUUGUCGAUGUUCUUUAACUUUUACUUUAGUACCUACAGGAAAUGUGGCAGACGUUUAACCAGUGGUAAAGAAACUAGUCCUAUUAAUAUGCAAAUGCGAAAAGAGUUAUAAACCAAAUAAAUAGUUUUUAUGCUAAUGGAACAAAAA